AUGGCUCCAAAUACUUCCAGAAAGCAAAAGAUCACCAAGACCUUCACCGUCGAUGUUUCUUCCCCAGUUGAAAACGGUGUCUUUGACCCAGCUGCUUACGCUAAGUACUUAAUCGAUCACAUCAAGGUCGAAGGUGCUGUCGGUAACUUAGGUAACGCUGUCACUGUCCAAGAAAACGGUUCCGUUGUUACUGUUGUUUCUACCACCAAGUUCUCCGGUAAGUACUUAAAAUACUUAACCAAGAAGUACUUAAAGAAGAACCAACUAAGAGACUGGAUCAGAUUCGUUUCUACCAAGACCAACGAAUACAAAUUAUCUUUCUACCAAGUCACUCCAGAAGACGAAGAAGAAGAUGAAGAAUAA